AUGGCAGGUGACAAGGGAUCAAUCACCCUGGAGGGGAUCAAGAAUGAAACUGUUGAUCUGGAACGUAUUCCAAUUGAGGAAGUGUUCGAGCAAUUGAAAUGUACCAGGGAAGGUUUGUCCUCGGACGAAGGAGCCAACAGGAUUCAAAUAUUUGGGCCAAACAAGCUAGAAGAGAAGAAGGAAAGCAAAUUUCUCAAGUUUCUUGGGUUCAUGUGGAAUCCCCUGUCAUGGGUCAUGGAAGCUGCAGCUAUAAUGGCAAUUGCUCUUGCAAAUGGGGAUCAUAAGCCUCCAGAUUGGCAAGAUUUUGUAGGUAUUGUUUGCUUGUUGGUGAUCAACUCCACUAUCAGUUUCAUUGAAGAAAACAAUGCUGGAAAUGCUGCUGCUGCUCUUAUGGCUGGUCUUGCUCCUAAGACUAAGGUUCUUAGAGAUGGUAAGUGGAGCGAGCAAGAAGCUGCAAUACUAGUCCCUGGAGACAUAAUAAGCAUCAAACUAGGUGAUAUUAUACCUGCCGAUGCUCGUCUUCUUGAGGGUGAUCCAUUAAUGGUUGAUCAAGCAGCUUUGACAGGAGAAUCACUUCCUGUGACUAGGCAUCCUGGUCAAGAAGUUUUCUCUGGAUCAACUUGCAAACAAGGUGAAAUUGAAGCUGUUGUUAUUGCAACUGGUGUCCACACAUUCUUCGGCAAAGCAGCUCAUCUGGUAGAUAGUACCAACCAAGUUGGACAUUUUCAGAAGGUUCUUACAGCAAUUGGGAACUUUUGUAUUUGUUCCAUUGCAGUUGGUAUGUUAGCUGAGAUCAUAGUCAUGUACCCAAUUCAGCGCCGUAAGUAUAGAGAUGGAAUUGACAACUUGUUGGUCCUAUUGAUUGGAGGAAUUCCUAUUGCUAUGCCAACUGUGUUGUCUGUGACAAUGGCCAUUGGUUCUCACAAGCUCUCUCAGCAAGGUGCCAUCACCAAGAGAAUGACUGCCAUUGAAGAAAUGGCUGGUAUGGAUGUUCUUUGCAGUGACAAGACAGGAACACUAACCCUUAACAAACUGAGUGUUGACAAGACCUUGAUUGAGGUCUUUGCAAAGGGUGUGGACAAGGAUCAUGUGAUCCUUCUUGCUGCAAGGGCUGCUAGGACUGAAAAUCAGGACGCCAUAGAUGCUGCGAUUGUUGGAAUGCUUGCUGACCCAAAAGAGGCAAGGGCUGGGUUAAGAGAGGUGCACUUCCUCCCAUUCAAUCCUGUUGACAAAAGAACUGCUUUGACUUACAUUGAUAAUGAUGGAAAUUGGCACCGAGCAAGCAAAGGUGCUCCUGAGCAGAUCAUGAACCUGUGUAACCUUAAGGAAGAUGCUAAGAAGAAGGUCCAUGCUAUCAUUGAAAAGUUUGCAGAAAGAGGGCUUCGUUCACUUGCUGUUUCUAGACAGGAAGUUCCUGAGAAAACAAAGGAAAGUGCUGGUGGUCCAUGGCAAUUUGUUGGUUUGUUGUCACUGUUUGAUCCCCCUAGACAUGACAGUGCUGAAACCAUUCGCAGAGCUCUUCAUCUUGGUGUAAAUGUUAAGAUGAUUACGGGUGAUCAACUUGCCAUAGCUAAGGAAACAGGUCGUAGGCUUGGAAUGGGAACCAAUAUGUACCCAUCUGCUUCCCUGCUUGGUCAAGACAAGGAUUCAAAUAUUGCUGCACUUCCUAUAGAAGAGCUAAUUGAGAAGGCAGAUGGAUUUGCUGGAGUUUUUCCAGAGCACAAAUAUGAAAUUGUGAAGAAGUUGCAAGAGAGGAAGCACAUUUGUGGAAUGACAGGAGAUGGUGUCAACGAUGCUCCUGCUUUGAAGAAGGCUGACAUUGGAAUUGCUGUUGCUGAUGCCACUGAUGCUGCAAGAGGUGCUUCUGAUAUUGUCUUGACUGAACCUGGUUUGAGUGUUAUUAUUAGUGCAGUCUUAACUAGCAGAGCUAUUUUCCAAAGGAUGAAGAACUACACGAUCUACGCAGUAUCUAUCACUAUCCGUAUAGUGUUUGGCUUCAUGUUUAUUGCAUUGAUCUGGAAAUUUGACUUCUCUCCCUUCAUGGUUUUGAUUAUUGCCAUUCUAAAUGACGGAACAAUCAUGACAAUUUCAAAGGACAGGGUUAAGCCAUCACCCUUGCCUGAUAGCUGGAAACUGAAAGAAAUAUUUGCUACUGGGGUAGUGCUUGGUGGUUACUUGGCAUUGAUGACUGUUAUAUUCUUCUGGUUAAUGAAUGAUACUACGUUCUUCCCUGACAAGUUUAAAGUUAGACACAUAAAAGACAGCCCUGACGAAAUGACAGCUGCUUUGUAUCUACAAGUCAGUAUAGUUAGCCAGGCUUUGAUAUUUGUAACCCGUUCACGUAGCUGGUCCUUUGUUGAACGCCCUGGGCUCCUGUUACUGGGUGCUUUUUUUAUUGCUCAGCUGAUUGCUACAUUAAUAGCAGUGUAUGCCAACUGGGGUUUUGCAAAGAUCAAAGGUGUUGGUUGGGGUUGGGCAGGAGUCAUCUGGCUCUACAGUAUUGUCUUCUAUAUUCCACUUGACAUAAUGAAGUUUGCCACCCGCUACAUCUUAAGUGGCAAAGCUUGGGUAAAUAUGAUAGAAAACAAGACUGCCUUCACUACCAAGAAAGACUAUGGUAAAGAGGAGAGGGAAGCUCAAUGGGCUCAUGCUCAGAGGACCCUACAUGGACUUCAACCACCAGAAUCUUCUGGUGUUUUCAAUGAAAAGAGUAGCUACAGAGAACUGUCUGAGAUUGCUGAGCAGGCCAAGAGAAGAGCUGAAGUUGCAAGGCUUCGUGAGCUUCACACACUUAAGGGACAUGUUGAAUCUGUGGUGAAGCUGAAAGGUCUAGACAUUGAUACAAUCCAGCAGCACUACACCGUGUGAUAAACAACACACAAAAGUUGUAGAUAGAAAAAGGGCCAAAACUCAACGGCAUACCUGAAAGAAGAAGAGACAAGAAGGCCUAACUACAUAAAUGCUUACUUACUAGGUAGGGAGAGGGAGUUUAGGAUAUAUCUCUCCCAGUCUGUUUAUUUUUUUUUUCAUGUAUUUCAAGUUCCAGUGAAAGGGUUGUCUUAGUAGGGGAAAAGUAGUGUUGCUUUUCCUCG